AUGGGCCUCGACGUCACGGAAAUCUCUGAAUUGGCGGCGCUCCGGCCGAUCCAGACGGCCGUGAGCGGCGCCCGGGCAACGGCAGCGCCGGGGGCGGAAGAUGACGCUCCAGCCGCCAACACCGGCUGCGUCACACCCAAGGCGAGCGGCGCGCGGUCAGCCGCUGCAGAAGGAGCAGACGACGACGACCCUGCCGCCAGCGCCAACAACGCCUGCUUCACACCGAAGGCAAGCGACUCCAUGGCCAUGCUGCCCAUUGCGCCACUGCAGGAAGACAGCGUCGGCUUCUCCACGGCCACGCCGCUGCCCACGGGCGGAGAAAUUGGGCGGCGAGAUGGCUGCGCCGCUGCAGGCGACGAGAGCAGCUUCACCACGCCGACGACAGCCGACAGCACGCUGGUGCCGGCCACUGUGUGCCCACCGGCGCCGCGGAAAACGGCUGCGGCGCCGACGAGGAAGCGGGCGCCGCUGCAGCAGCGGCUCUUCUAUCCGGUGCCGCGCGAUCUGACCACCGUGUUCGUGGCCGUGCCGCAGUGCCCGCCGCCCGCCAAGAGGAUGCGGGCGCAUAUAGCGGAGUCAUAUGUGCCUCUAGGCACGUGA